UUUUGAUUAACAAAAAAGAAUCUGUUAGUUUUCGGUACUUCACUUUUUAAAGAGCCAAGAAAAAGGGCGCGCAUUUUGUCAACAAACCCACGAUGGCAGGAACUGUCUCGGUGUCAAAGGGAGUGUUUGCCUUCAAGAGACAGAGGCAGAGCAAAUCCAAGAAUGGCCCCCGAGUGUCCACCCUGGACUACUGGAGCCAGGCCCUGGAGUGGGGGGAGGAGGGGGAGGCCUUCAAGGAGCUCACCUACAGGAACUACACCAGGUGCUGGACCAUCGCCUCGGACAUCCUGCAGGAGCUACAGGACAACAUUCACAGCAGAGUGUUCCAGAGUCUGAUCACCUACAUCGACAGGGCGGGCAGAAAACUCACCUCCCUCACUGUUGCCCCAGACCUGCCGUCCAGCCUGGUGCACUCCCUGGCCAGCGUGCCCACUGCCUGCCUGGUGACGGGAGUGAACAUGCCGGACAGGGACGCCACCUUCGACAGCCUGGUUGGUCUCCUGAGGGCCAGCGUCACACCUCACGUUGCCCGCCUGCAGAGCAAAGAGUGCUCCACCCUCAGGGCUGCCAUGUACAAGAUGAUCUCCCAGCUGAUAGGUGGUGGUGGCUGGGCAACCCUGGAGGAUGAUGAGGAGGAGGAGGUGGUGAUGGCAGGUCCCAAGGUGAAGAGAAGGCAGUGCACCAUGGCUGUCCUCUCAGUGUGGUACAGGGAGCAGCUGAGUACAGGAGAGGAAGACCCAGGACACACCAAGUCCCCCAUCAAGGCCACUCAAUCCCCUCGCAAAAGAGCUUACCCAAGUUCCCCAAGGAAGAAGCCAUUCCCUGGCUCCCCCAGCAAGCUGAGCAGAUCCCCUGUCAAGAGAGCUCUCUCCGGCUCCCCCAGCAAGACUGAGAGGGAUCCACAGGAGGUUGAAGGAUCACCAAGGAAGAAGAUCAAGUCGAGCAUCAUCUCUCAGCUUCCCGAGAGGAGCAGCAAGCCACCCCUUGUUGUCAUUCUGGAGGACCUGGAAAGUUUCCACCCUCGUGUGCUCAGUGACCUGGUUCUCAUCUGCAGUGAGUACCGGCAGGCCGUGCCAAUAGUGCUGGUGUUUGGUGUGGCCACGACGCCUGACAAGGUGCACCAGAGCCUGUCUCACAAUGCCUCUGCCUGCCUGGCCAUGGAGGUGUUCCGAGCUGAGCCUUCCACUCAUUACCUCACCCGUGUUAUUGAGAAGGUGCUGAUGUCCAGUAAACUGCCGUUUCAUCUGGGAGGCCGUCCCUUCAAGCUGCUCCUGGACAUCUUCCUCUAUAAUGACCUCUCAGUGGAAAACUUCAUCAAGGGCCUGAAGGUGUGCAUGAUGGAGCACUUCAUGGGCCAUGCUUCUUCCGUCCUGUGCUGUCCGGCAGCCAACAGACCAGCACUCCUGAGGAAUGUCACCUCCACACAGUUGGACUUGGUGCGCAAGCUGCCUUCCUUCAAGACCUUUGUGGAGGCGGCCCCACCAAAGGAACAAGUGGCUCUCCUCCUCGACGAUUCUCACACUAAGGAGGUCAUCCUCUCCCUCCUGGACAAGGUAGAUGUGUGGUACGCUCGGUUCUGUGUGCUGGUCAAAGUGGUCAACGCACUCACCAACAGAAUCCCAGGUGCUCCUCUGGGUCGUCAGGUGAGGGAAGUGUUGGCAGUGUGCUUAUCUCGGCCACUGGUGGAUACGGAGGAGUUCCAGGAGGCAGAGAAGGGCGUCAGGAACAUGGCCAGGGAGGAACUGCUCACUGUCCUGCAGAAUGUGCUUGAUGUCCUCAAAGAGCACCAUGGAGAGGAUAAGGUGUUAUCUGAGCUGCUGAAUGAAGUGAGUUUGCUGAUGGGACGCCUCUCCAGCAUGGACCAGCUGACCCAGACAGAGGAGGAGGAGGAGGAGGAGGAGGCUUCAGCUGAUGGUAGUGGUGGUGCUGCUGUCACUCUGGGGCCCUCUGACAGGUUCCGCUUAAGAGAGAAACUCCUUGAGAUGGCAAAGAAGAAACCUAAGAAGAGCAGCAAGUAUGAGUCGUUGCGGAGUGAGGUGGUGCACUUCCUCAGCGACACCUUCACCUCACACCUACAGCCCCCCACCUCCCAGCCUCUGCAUGAGGUCCUCUUCUUCCACUCCUCUCAGGCUGUCAAAAGGCAGCUAGUGGGCCUCCCAAGACCUGCCCUCACCACUGCCCUGGCUAAUCCUCAUCACUACCUCCAGUGCAAGUGUUGUCAACUUGAAGAACCAUCCAGCCUUGUAACAUCCCUGCCAGACCUCAGUGUGGCCUACAAGCUGCACCUGGAGUGUGGUCGUCUCAUCAACCUCUAUGACUGGUUGCAGGCAUUCGUUUCCGUGGUGGGACAAGAGGACGAGGAGGAUGAGUCUUCGGCACGCUCCAAGAAAAUUGAUGAGAAACUACAAGCAAGAUUUGUCCUGGCUGUGUCUGAGCUGCAGUUCCUUGGCUUCAUCAAGCCCACCAAGCGCAAGACAGACCACGUGGCGCGCCUCACCUGGGGUGCCUGCUGAGGGAGACAAAUAGGUGAUAAUAUUUACACUCUUGUGUUUAAUACAACCAUAGUGAGCACUCGUGUUUUUCAUGUGAACAUUACUUCCUGUGAUAUAUUUAUAACUUGUUCAUCAAUCACAAGUCAAAUAUUUAAUUAUUAUUUUUUAAUUAUUUCAAUUAUAUUUUUUAAGACCAAUAAAAUAUCCUGUGACAACAUAAU